GAGAAAUUGUCUCCCAGAGCACCAGACGGUCCAACCAAAAUCAGAAUACUGAUUGAAAUUGCAGAGGAAUAUAAUGUCAAAUGGCAACCGUCUUUAGAAGAAAAUGAUGAGAAAUUGUCUCACGAUUUACUUCGUGUUCCACUUGUUGGUGAUGAAGAAGAACAUCCUAGUUUACAUGCUUCUUGUCAACUUAAAGAAAUGCAAGAUAAGUCUAGAAGUUUCUGUGAGAAGAAUGGAAAACUAAAUUCUUCAGGUACUAGAAAUCAGGAAGAGGAUUUUGGAAACUUGUGUUGUGAAAGCACGAGUGCUUUUCAAAAGGGUAGACAUAACUGGGAGAUGGAAUUCAAGCAUGCUGCAACUGCUGCACAGGCAGCUGCAGAAUCUGCAGAACGUGCAAGCGUGGCUGCAAAAGCAGCUGCUGAACUUUCCAACCGUGAAAAGUUAAUAAGGCAGUGUUCAGGUGAAUGGCAGAGUUCUUGUAGAGGAGGGUUUAGAGCUGAAUUAUCUCUAGAAUAUGCUUUUCAUUCUUCCAAACAUCUUUCUGCUGGUUAUGCUGCUAGCACAUUCCGAAGAAGCGCUUUUGAGAUUAAUGUAAGAGAACAAAAUAGACUGGUAGGACCACACAAUGAACAUUUCAUGAAUGGUGAUGAUAAUGUGGUGAAGCCUUACCAGAAAGUGCAGGGUGAAGCAAACAAGGAAUCAAGCGGAAGUGGCUCAGAUGCAUACUUAGAUUGUGAUACUAGUGAUUCUGAGGAUGGAGUUUCUGAACAAAAUUCAGUCAUUCUUGCGCAUCCUUCAAAAACUGCAAUGAUACCAGAUAAGGAAGAGACUUCAAAACCAUUAAAUUGUGAUAAGGAUAUUCCCUCAAAGGAGAAGUAUAUAUUGGAGACUGGCGUUUAUCCACGAGAAGCAGAGACCCUCAAAGAGCUAAGAAAUGCAACUGCAAAGCAUCCCAUGGGUUUCAUGGGUGCUGCACCUGAUGCGGGUCAGCUAAUAGCCAUGCUCUUGAAGGUUUCGAAUGCUAAAAAGACAAUAGAAGUUGGAGUUUUUACUGGAUACUCUCUUCUGCUCACUGCACUCACAAUUCCAGAUGAUGGAAAAAUUAUAGCGAUGGAUCCAGACAGAAAAGCUUAUGAGAUAGGGCUACCAUUCAUUAAAAGGGCUGGUGUUCAACACAAGAUUGACUUCAUAGAGUCUCCAGCUUUACCAGUUCUUGAUAAGCUCUUAGAAGAUGCUGAAAAUGAGGGGAGUUUUGACUUUGCUUUCAUUGAUGCUGACAAGAACAAUUACUGGAAUUACCACGAGAGAGUUAUGAGAUUGGUGAAGAUUGGUGGAAUAGUUGCAUAUGAUAACGCACUGUGGGGAGGAACUGUUGCCUUGCCUGAAAAGGCAGUUUCGAAGGAUAAACAAGAGUGGAGACUGUUAUCGCUUGCUUUCAACGAAGCAAUUUCAAAGGAUUGUCGUGUUCAAAUUGCUUUUGUUUCAAUCGGUGAUGGAGUCAUUUUCUGCAGGCGUAUUGCUUGAUUCUCGUCUCAACACUGCCGUCUAAACCAAUAAUUAACACAGUUCUCAAUGCAAUCUCACUCACAAUUUGUAUCAAGCAUAAACUUUAAUUAUUCCAUCUCUUUAUCUGAAUUAUUAUAAAAAUA